CUACGAUUUGGGAGAAAAUUAGCCCUGAAUGUUGGCAACCGUUCGAUUGUUCCUUUUGCGCAUACCUCCACUCUUUUGCCCGUAACUUGGAUAAGUGGCCAGAUAUUUCAAAAACUCCAAGACCUCCAGCAAGCCUGCAGAAGUAGCUAUAAAAACUAUUCCAGCCUUAAAUUGGAUGGCGGCAAUAACAAGGGAGUCAAACGAGUUCGAAAUCAGAGAGCCGAAUAGACGACUUUCGAAGCAACAUAUUCACAGUCAAAAAACGUAUAUUUCUUUGUGUGUACAUGAUGAAAGCGAAGUUACAGCAACUUCGCUAAAUAUCCAGAUAUUGCAAAACUUCCAACACCACCAAAAGCCCGGAAGAAGUAGCAGUAAAAACUGUUUCAGCCUUAUAUUGAAUAGCGCAAGGGAGUAAAACGAGUUCGAACUCAGACUCAGAGAGUGUGCAACCUUUGAAUUACGACUUCACUAUUUCCAUAGUGAAUGGAGCGAAUGAAGCUUGAACACGUGUGUCUAAAUGCAGAUGAAAAUAUUUGCAAAAAGUAGGUAAUAUUUUGGGCAUCGCAUCAGGGCUGGCGCAUCAUGUCAAUAUUAAAUUACCCUAUGGAGAGUAUCUUGAUUGUCAGCGAACCACCCUGUAUAAGCAUAUAAAAUUGUUGCGCAUAAUUUCCGAACACGCUGUAUGACGACUAAAGGUUAAAACGUCGCGUCAUAAGAAGUACAAAAAUAAAUCACCAGAACAGUAGAAGGGGCAGGAGUGUUUCUAAUUUUAUAUGACGCUGGAACGAUCAAAGCAAGUCGCGGUUAUUUUGGGCGAAUAGUUUUAUUAACUUGAGUGUAAGCAAGCGAAUCAUGCACUUUGAAGAUUUUAUUAGCCAGUUUUAUGGGGUUUUACGCGACAAAGUCGGUCCGUAGAGCGUUUGAUGUUUUCGGCUAAAGCACAAUAUUUUGAUGGGCUCAAGGGCGUUCCAGGACCGCAUUUUUGCACACUUUUGCGGAGUUCCGCUGGAAGUUGCCUGUAGACGCCCUGCUGGCUCUAAGUGGUUUUUCGUUUCCCGCAAGAAUAUUAGUUUUGUUUUAGUCGGAGCGAUUUGCAGAUUAUAGUAAACUUAGGAAAAUCGCUUGCCUUAUUAAGAUAAAAUAACCGAGUUCGUGUAGUGCCUAAGAACACAAUAUUCAAUUACUCGAUAGCCUUAAGAAGCCACGUGUUUUGACUUUUACAAAACACGAAUCGACCAUUUACUCACUGAUUGAAUCGUUUCACUGUUAAUUAAUGAUAAUGUCACAAGUAACUCUAUGCAAUUACUCAAGCAACGACAAUAACAAUAACGAUAAUGUAAGCGAGGAUUCGCAUCCGCCGACCAUUUAUAGGUGCCGCGCACCAAUAGCGAGUCUGGAUUGCAUGGAAGAGUUUAGCGCAGGCAGCGGACUAAGCGGUCUAGCGGAUCGAGCAGCGGACGGUGGCGGGCUGACGAAAGAGCAGCUGCUGCUCGCUGGUUUGACGCAUUCGGCACCCACCGCUCCUCUGCAACUAAACCGCACUGCCAACGUCACUCCGGGCCUUCGCUACCGCAACUUGGGCAAAAGCGGAUUGCGGGUCUCCAAUAUAGGAUUAGGUACUUGGCCUACUUUCAGUCCAAACGUAACGGAGGAACAAGCAGAACAAAUAAUAGUAUUAGCGGUAGAAAGUGGAAUAAACGCUUUUGAUUUGUCCGAAGCUCAUUCCGGCACACGAGCCGAAGUGGAAUUGGGCCGAAUUUUGACUCGGAGGGGCUGGAAACGGACCACCUUCAUCGUGACCACCAAAAUUUACUGGAGCACUAGGUCUGAAGAGCGGGGAUUGUCCAGGAAACACAUCAUCGAAAGUGUAAAAGCGAGUCUGAGUCGUCUUCAGCUCUCCUACAUCGAUGUCGUGAUCGUUCACAAGGCUGACCCCAUGUGCCCCAUGGAAGAGGUGGUGCGAGCCAUGAACUACGUAAUAAACCAGGGCUGGGUGAUGUAUUGGGGCACUGCCAGAUGGUCUCCAGUGGAAAUUAUGGAAGCCUAUACAAACUGCCGGCAAUUCAAUUGUGUAACACCCAUUGUGGAACAGGCAGAAUACCAUCUGUUCUGCCGCGAAAAAACUGAGCUCCACAUGCCCGAACUGUACAAUAAGAUUGGUGUCGGGUUGAUGGCUUGGUCGCCCAUAUCCAUGGGCCUGUCCCAAAGCAAAGACGACAGUACCAUUCAGUUGUUUUCGCGGGCCAGUUUCCGCAACAAAUACAGUUCGUUUUCGUGGACUGAAGAUGAAACUGCUGCUGCAAAUAAAGAAGUGAGUCAAUCAAAGCCGAUUGAAUGUAAUCAUCCGAAUGUUCUUCACUGUGUUACUCUGCAGGGAUACGGCUGGAUGAAGGAACGAAGCCAACCAGCUGAAGAAUCGCGAAAGUAUUCAGAACGCAUCAGAGAACUGAACAGUUUGGCUGAACGUCUGGGCUGUUCGCUGGCUCAGUUGACUAUUGCCUGGACUUUGAAGAACGAGUCGGUUCAGUGUUUGCUGUUGGGUGCGAGCAAUGUGGACCAAUUGUACGAAAGUAUUCAGGCCUUGCAGCUCAUUCCCAAGCUCAACGUAAGCAUGGUGCAGGAUAUUGAGAAAAUUCUGGAGAACAAACCCACUAGACCUCCUAUGGUGUCCACACUGGCGCUUAGAUGACAAUCAAUGUGCCCCCCUGGCUCUAUAAGUGGCCAGGGCGGCACGAGCAAUGCGGAAAGUCCCAAAGACGACAUCAGCAAUGCUGACACGGAGACAAAGGAUAGUCAGAAACUGCCGUUCUGCGAGAUUCAGUGACAAAAGGUGAGCGAGUUUGUGAAAACUCGUAAAAGCAAAACGCCGGACGAAAAACCCAUUAAGGAGAAGGUGCGCUGGUCAUACAGUCCGGAGGAGGGCCCCAAGUGCACCACUGAGCCCUUUAUUUCCAAGAAAAAGGAGAAAAAGGCGGUCACACCGGUUAACGUGUAGAGUUACUAGAGAUUAAUUUGAUUGUUAGUUUUGACGGUAACGGAACUGAUUUGGAAAGAGUACCGAAUGCAGAAAAUAUUUCAAUAUUAUUGCAUGGUUGAGGUAACUAUCUCUUAUAUUUCGUUCGUUGAAUCUUUAGUUCUAGGAGAUCAGAUAUAUUCGCGACAAUAUCUGAACGUUUGGAAAAAUGAAAGCAAUACUUCGAAUAUCGUUUCUUGAAAGUAAUUUUAUCUUAACGGGACUUGAAUGAAAAUGCGAAAUCUAUAAAUGCAAUGAUAUUAUGAACCACUGUGCUACUUCUACUCUAAGGGGAUUCAUACGAAAUAGAUCAUCUACCUAUUUAGAGGAAUCGUUAAAUCAAAAUGAAAGCUGUGACGUACUUUCUGUGGUACUUGUAUAGACUUAGCGUAGGUUUUUUUAGUAGGAAGAUCCAUAUGUUGCACAUUGAUUGGACGCAGCUUUGUUAAUUCCUAUUCAAUUGUACAGGGUGUUUCCUCAUAAGUUGACACCCCCCUAGAUCGUUUAUAUAAAAAAACUUGUGAAACUGACCAACACAAAAGUUGUUCAAGUUUACUCAAAUUUUUUAAAUGUCAAUUUAAAAUAAAGUAUGAAACACGGACAUGUCAAAUUUGACAGAAUUUUUUUUUGAAAUAAACUUCCCACAUAUUUUUAGACACGCCAGUAGGAUUUUUUAUCCCAAUUUCAAAAAUAUAUAUUUUUUCUAUAUUUCCAUUAGCCGUUUUUCCUAUAUUACGUUUAAAAAAUUAUAAAUAGUCACAAAUGAAAGUAGCCUUGAAAUGCGACAAGGCGCUCCCACCACCCCAUGACGUUCGCCUGGUAACACUUUUUUAAUGAAAAUGUUGAUAUCUGAAUUGGACGAGCGGGUCCGAUCCAAUAGCCUCCAAAGAGCCCCGACCUGACGCCUCUCGAUUCUUUUCCCUGGGGUUAUUUAAAGAAGUAGAGACUCUAGUGAGACGAUUUGAACUAGUGGAUGCAAUUCACGAUAUUAAUAUUAAUCAAAACUAAUAUAUGGAAAACGUUAUAGAUAAAAUUGAAGUCGAUUGUAGAGCGUCUGACGUUAAACGGAGUUCAGAUACAAAAUCAGUUAUUUUAGUGAUUAUGUUUUUAUUGAUCUAUUUGUGUUGAAAUUUAUAGUAGCAAUAAAAUCCGUUAUGUUCUCUUUCAAUAGUGUUUUGUUCCAUUUCAGGCUACUAUAAUUUGUUUCUAUUUAAAAUGUUUAAAACAUAAUACAGAAAAAAACGGCUAAUACAAAUCUAGGCAAUAUAUAUAUUUAUGAAAUCAGGAACGAAAAUCCAAUAGACCUGUGCAAAAAUAUACAGGGUGUUUCUUUAAAAAAACAUACUUUAUGUCAAAUGUUGACAUUUCCGUGUUUUAUAUUUGUAUUUUAAUAUCAAAUUAAAAAAAUUUUUAGUAAAAUCAAACAACUUCUGUGUUGAUCACUUUCACAAUUUAUUUGAAAUAAACGAUCCAGAAGGGGCGUAAACUUAUGCGAAAACAUCCUGUACUUCGUAUGAAUACUCUUAACCAACUUGUUGAACGUAACUUUACGAAAAUCCUUAGGACAAAUUUGAACUGUUGUUAAAAUUGGUAAGCGGCGAGUACUUAGGUAUUACCACGUUACAGGCAUCGUGGAAACAAGGCUCUUAUUGUGAUAGUAUUUAUCUUUAAUUGUUCAAUACAUUGCCCUUUCUAAUAUGUAUCUUCUUCGGCAUUUUAGAUGUACAAGUAUUUAUUGGAUAAUGUAUUCAGACGGAUUGAUUUCUACUAAAUAGAUACCUAAUGGUUAAGUUUAGUCUUCUGCCUUCUGAGCCGCCAACGUUUAGUAACAAAUUAUGCCGGUAGUCCUGGCAUUAGAAUUGUGCACAACUUCUAGUGAUAUUAUAUAAUAAGUAUUGGACAAUUUACUAUUAACACCGAGCAAUUGGUGUGUUACACAGAGUUUACGGAAAUAACGGCGUAAUUGCAGAGGCUAAAAAUUAUGUUACCCAGUAAUCACAUGUGCGAUUUUCUCAAGAUGACGUUACUAUCACGUCAGUGUCAGAGACGUAUAAACGUAUAGACAGUGACAGCUGCCAACUACGUUUAAAGAUGCAUUUUAUUUACCCUCUAAUCGUGUAUUGCCUCAAAACAAGAUUUUAUAUCCUAUCGAGAGGAAGUAGGACCUUUUUUACUGAAAAGUAUUUCCGGUUCGAUAAUUUAAUUUUUCUAUUGCAAUUAAAUGGAGUUACAAAGUACUGAAAAUUACUUCUUCAAAGUUCAGUUUUCAAGAAAUGUAAAUGCCUAUAGCAAGCAAUUUUGGAAUAUUUGUGUAAAAUUUGGCGUAUUAUUCUAGUCUAAAGAAUAAUCUUCUAAAAUAUGCCAAUUUACUCACACGUCGUUAUUUCCGCACAACCUGUAUAGUUAUUUUUUACAUUUACUAAUUAUCGGUAAUUCAAAAUGUAAAAAACUUAUCAGUCGUUGUCUCGAUUCUAUUUUAUGCUUUCAAGUAGAGCUUGGAAAUCGCUUUUUAAAUCUAAUAGAUUUAUUGCCGAGUUAGUGCAAGACAACUUCUUACAAAAAUCGUUUUAAAUUAAAACCUGUAAGCAAUUAUGAGUAAAACUAUAUUUCGCUGUUUUG